AUGACAGUUUUACCCUUGCCCCUGAACAAGUCUGUGAGUCUUACUGCUCGGGAAAGCCAAACUGACUUUUUUUCCUCUGGGCCCAGUUGUUCGAAGGCCGAUUAGCCCUUAACCCGGGGUUAAAUUUAACCUGGGUUUCAUUUUCUUGUGUUCAAAAGCAUUUUCUUGGAUAAUUUUCUCUGUUAUUUUUAGAGCUUACAUUCACCAACUUGUAGACAAAAAGGACUAAAGCCGAAAUGUUUUUUAAGCAUUCAAAUCUGAAUUCAAAUCUCGCACUAACCCUGGGUUAUCUUAACCCAGCUUUGAACAACUUGGCCCUGGUGUACAUGCAAUGUUUUCCUUUGCUUUUCCGUAGAAUUCUGUCAAUCAGGCUGAUAUUGAAGAUAUCAUUCAGGAGACACUGGAGCGAAUUCACCACGAUAUGUACAAUAAGUAAGACUGCAUUUUGUACGUUUGCGUGUUCUGGUGUUGUGACAAAAUUGCACUAUGGAGCUGUUUUGGGUACGGCUAUUGCAGUUAGAAGUUUGCACAGGUACCUGGGUCCAAAUUUGUUCCCCUAAACAGUCCUAUAAUGCAAUUCGAUACAACUCCGAUCCAGUUUCAAAUGCAACCUCGGAAUGGUUAAUUCGCAGGCGUAGUCGGUUUGUAGCAGUCUCUAAGGACUCUAGCGCGUAACGAAGGAAACAGCACGGGCAGGCUUUCUUCAGCGUCACCGUGCAUUAAAAAAAGGUAAAGGGUAAAAGCAACCAUAUUUUACGUCGAUAAUUCGUGACAGAUAAUAAUUGAGGUCGACGGUGCGCUUUUUUUACUCCCCACUAGCAGUCCAAACGGAACAGGGGUGUUUUAUUAGUUAAACCCUGUAACGCCCAUCUCUCACAUGUUUUAUUGUUAAAUUUUGAAAGUUCGUGUGAAUAGGUACCAUUUGUCUCAUCAUUUUUAUUCAAACUCUGGUUAUGUAUUUAUUCUUCAUUUAUAUGACCUUUAAUUUUUAUUUUUCAGAGCAAAGAAGGAGUUGCAUGCUAACAUGGCUGUAACGCACUCUUGGUCCGAGUUCAACGCUUUGCUGGACAAGCAAAAGGUGUGUGCUUUUAGUGGAUUUCGUCUUGAAGGGUGAUGAAGUGACAGUUCAAGAAAAAUGAGAAACUACGUUUGAAAAAUACAAGAAAACAAUCAAUCUGUAAUGACAAUACUGCUUAACAGCUAAAGUUCUAAUUAGCACAUACUAAGAUGAGAAAUUUCAACCUAAUAAACUGGGAAUUUAUUUUUUUACGGGAAAGUGAAGAGCGGAUUCUUGUCUUUGACUCUGAAAGCUCUCUCGCCUGAACUCGCCUUCUUUCAACGGAAGUGUAUAACCAAAUUGAAGUGUUCGUGUGGAGAAUUUCCGACCAGCUACAGAAAGCGAGAAAUCGGUUAACUAGACUGGCUUUCCUGCAUUUGAACACCGUGAGGCGAGGUUUCGGUCAACCGCGCUUAUACGAAAAUAGGCAUUCUGCAUACUGUAAUAAACAUGAACAUUCGACCAACUUUUCCUAUAUCUCUAUUUCAGAUCAUCCAGGCGCCGUUUUGUGGUGAUGGGACUUGCGAAGGCAAGAUCAAGAAAGAUAGUGCCAGGUACAAGAUGUGGCAUAUUUAAUGUUGAUAUUUCUAUGUGCGCCAAGGAUCUGAAUGGCUCUGAAUAACUAGCAAAAAAUGCUUUUCAGAAAUAAUGAUAGAAACUUUUUUUAUGUAAUAAACGAAAUUUUGUUGUCGAAAAAAGUUCUUGAACACGACUAACGAAAAGCCCACCAUUUUCAUUUCUUUGCUUAGAAUUUGUCUUUGUAGAUCAGCGUACGUUUUGUAGAACUCGUGAAUAUGACUUCCGGCCAUUGACCCACCAAUCUCCUACCACACUUCUUAGACUACGUUUACAUUAUACUGCCGGGGAUAGCUUUUGCGCUGCCAUGAAAUUCAUAUCGUAUAGCGCUUCUGUUCACACACAAGGACGGUUGUGGCGGCGCGAUUUCUGUGACGGGGCGAAGCUGUGCCGCGUCGAUCUCUCGAAAGUGGAGCGUCACAUAUCGGAUUGGUGUUCAUACUAUACCGAUAGCUUAAGCGCCGCUUCAAAAUUCAUACGGAUAGGGCCCCUGUUCACACACAGAAAUAGUUAUGGUAGUCAGUGACCCAGCGAAGCCGCGGUCCAGCGAUCUCUAAAGCGGAAAGUCACAUAUCGGAUAGGUGUACACACUAUAGCGGACAGCUUUUCGUGGCGCCAAGAACAGCUGUCCGGUAUAGAGAGUACAUAGCCUCAAGGCUGCAAAAUUGUGAUAUUUAUCAAAGUUCCCCUUAUUCUGCUGUUCUUAUGUAUUGAAACAGAGAUUGAGAAAUUGCUACUUCUCUUAGACUAUGUUCAUAUUAUUUUGCCGGGGAUAGCUUUUGCGCUGCCAUGAAAUUCAUAUCGUAUAGCACUUCUGUUCUCAAACAAGAACGGUUGUGGCAGCGCGAUUUCAGUGACGCAGCAAAGCUGUGCAGCGUCGAUCUCUCUAAAGUGGAGCGUCACAUAUCGGAUAGGUGUUCAUACUCUACCGGACAGCUUUAGCGCCGCCACGUAAUUCAUACCGGAUAGGGCCCCUGUUCACACACAAAAAUAGUUAUGGUAGCGCGAUUUUAGUGACCCAGCGAAGCCGCGCUGCAGCGAUCUCUAAAGCGGAGAGUCACAUAUCGGAUAGUUGUACACACUAUAGCGGACAGCUUUUCGUGUCGCCAAGAACAGCUGUCCGGUAUAGCCUGCGUGGCAGGCGCAAAAAGGGGAGGGGAGGGAAGGGAGAAAGCGCGAAAGAGGAGAAAAGGGAAGGGAGUCCCUUACCCUCUCUUCCCAACCCCCCUUCCUUUUUCCCUUCCUCCGUAUCCCCUACCCCUUUCAACGCCUGCUACGCAGGCUAGUCCGGUAUAGACAGGACAUAGCCUUAAGGCUGCAAAAUUGUGAUAUUUAUCAAAGUUCACCUUAUUCUGCUGUUCUUAUGUACUGAAACAGAGUUUGCGAAAUUGUAUUGUGAUAAUUAAAUGUUGUUGUUUCUCAGGGACCAAGAUUUGGAGGCAGGAGCCCCGUCUAUGGGCGCCAAAAGCUUGUGUAUCCCGUUUGACCAGCCCAUGGAGUUAACCGCUGACACAAAGUGUGUUUACCUGGAGUGUGAUCAACCCGCCAAGUAUUACACGCUAUUUGGCAGAAGUUAUUAA